UUGGUGUAUGAAGUAUAGAGAUAUGUAUGAGACACUUACACAUUUGUAGGUGAGCAUCUCAAUUAGUUGAUAAUUCUUGUUUCAGAAACAUUCAAUUCGUCGCUUUCGUCUACGUUCCGUCUAGUCCAAUAUCGCGAAAAUGGUUCGAGCUUGGUUUAUGGAUAACGAGUCCACCGAUCAAAGAUUGGAACAUCACCUCACCCCGCCGGAGUUUUUGACUCUGGAGGAGCUCUUCAGCAGCACUGGAGUAGAACAUUUCAAGAUUAACGUGCCGACGUUCGACUCGGAUGGAGUGUUGGAUGAAAUUCGCAAGAAACGCGGUUAUACCUAUGAGGACGAGAUAACCUGCUCGGAGAAGUGUCUUCCGGACUACGAAAACAAGCUAAAAAGCUUCUUCACCGAGCAUCUUCAUACCGAUGAGGAGAUUCGUUUCGUUUUGGAUGGUUCCGGUUACUUCGAUGUUCGCAAUGGUAAAGACGACCGGUGGAUUCGUAUCGAGGUUACGUAUGGUGACAUGAUUGUCAUUCCAGCUGGAAUCUACCAUCGAUUCACUUUGGAUGUCAAGAAUUAUAUUCGUGCCAAGCGAUACUUUAUUGGAGAGCCAGUCUGGUUGCCCUACAAUCGUCCAUGUGAUGAUAUGCAAUGCCGCAAAGAUUAUCUGCAGAAACUGGAAAUUGGGUUCACUGCAUAAAUAGCUACAAGCUACAGUUAUGUUGGAAUCAAGCAAAUAUCGUCUGGUAUAUUUUUGAAGUGCCUUUCCAAAUAAACACAUUUUUUACCUGUUUUCAA